GGGUCAUUCAGGUGGGUGUCUACGGUAUAGGGUCAUGGACCGUACCAUUAAAAUACGAUCAUAAAUACAUUAUUAGAUAUAAAUUAUUUUAAAAAUGAAGUUCCCCAUGAUAGGACAAUAACAAAUCAAAAGUAUCAUCUAUUUUAAAACUGUUCCACCAUGAUAGGACAAUAAAUAAAUAAGACGUAUAAUUCAUUGUAAAAGUAUAUCCGUCAUCUGAACAGCAUUGAAAGCCCUCUCACACCCCGGACCACAGCAAUACAUUGGCUCUGGGAUAUGCAACCAUUUCAUUACUCACUCACUCAACAUAACAAAUUAAAAUAAACACACAACACAGCAUCCACACAUACUGUGCCUUCUGUUUACUUCGUUUUUAUCUUCACUAUGUUGAAUUAGUGCUUGUGUGUUCAAUUAGUUAUAUGUGAAGAUAUAUAGAAAAUCUAUAUUUUUUAUUGUAUUGUUACAAUCCAUAACUGGGCUAGAAUUGUGUUUAUUUUCCUCAUCUAUGAGAACUUUGUAAUUUUUUAAAUAACCAUGGAGUGGUCUUUGUGUCUCUGAACAACUGGUUAUCAAUAUAUAGUUUGUCGACGACGAGAGCUACUCGUUUCGCUUUUAAUCUAUUUUCUUUGAAAAUUGGAUACAGAACUUUGCGCCGUUCUGCAAUUUCCUUCGGAAACUGAUCAUUCAUGUCAAUUUUGGUCCCAGCAAGUCUUUUACCAAGGCUUCUAACCAUUGUUUUAUCUUUAAAUUAAGCAAAUAUGGCAACGUUUGGGCGGUCAUAACUUUGUCCUCUCUGUCCGAAGCGGUGUACACGUUCUAAUUGGAUUUUUGUCGAUAACUUCGCGUGUGAUCUGAAGCGCUGUAAGGAGGAACUCUGGAAGGAGGAACUCUCUAACUACAGAUUCAGGGACUUCUCCUUCUUUCUCCUGGAUACCCGUCGCAGUUGCAAAUGAGAACUUGUUCUCAACUGGCCUACCUGGUUAAAUUAAAACAAUCUUACCCAAAUGCAUGAUGGGGGUCUGCCACAACUUCUGGACCCAGCGCCCCCCACCUGACGCCCAUGAUGCCCAGCCCCUCAUCGCUAAACAAUGCAGUACUGAUGAUAGACAGAAGGGGGCAGACAGAACACAGCUCAAAAAGAAACGCUGGUGUCGCAACAGCUGCCUUUGCCUGUUUCUGUUCCUGGUCGUGAUGAUGAUUGUGGUCAUCCUGGAAGUUGACCUCAAAGAACGGAUCUCACCUUCAACAACCAAUCCAGCAGCAAACAUGUCCCGAGGACCGUACCAUGUACAAUACCCACAUGAGUACUCCUUCAUCCUGGAUGAGCCAGAGAAAUGCCGGGAGCAGAACCCCUUCCUGGUUCUGAUGGUGCCAGUGGCGCCCUAUAACAGGGAGGCUCGUGAGGCCGUCCGCAGGACUUGGGGCAGUGAGAGGCAGGUACUGGGCAGAGAGGUUCGUCUGUUCUUCCUGCUGGGACUGCCCAGUGGAGAGGAGACAGAGCAGCUCCAGGAGAAGGUGCUGCAGGAGAGCAAAGAGCACCAGGAUCUGCUGCUGAGCGACUUCAUAGACAGCUACAAAAACCUGACCAUCAAGACCAUGGUGAUGAUGGAGUGGCUGAGCUCUCGCUGCCCCAACGCCUCCUACGCCAUGAAGAUCGACUCAGACAUGUUCCUCAACGUGAACACCUUGGUCAACAUGCUGCUUCACGCUCCAACACAGAACUACAUGACUGGACGAGUGGCCCAAUGGGCCGCCGUUCUAAGAGACCAUAACUCCAAAUGGUACCUUCCAAUGGAGGUGUUUCCUGAACCAGUAUAUCCACCUUAUGCUCUGGGCCUGGGCUAUGUCUUCACCUUAGACCUCCCCAGGAAGCUGGUGGAGGCGUCCAGGCAUGUUAAAGCCGUCUACAUAGAGGAUGUGUAUCUGGGACUGUGUAUGAGACACCUGGGCAUCCGGCCUACUGACCCCCCCAGUGGAAACCUCUUCCAGGGGUAUGCAGGAGCCCAGGACCGCUGUCACUACAUGGCUGUUAUCACGACCAUCCUCGACACUCCUCAGGAGCUUCUGGACGUAUGGAGAAACUUGCACCAACCUGGGCCUGUCUGUCAUUGAAAACAACACUCUGGGAAAGACAAAUAGCCUUGAGGUUCGAGCGUUGGGCUAAUAACCCAAAAGGGUGAUGGUUCCAAUCCCGGAGAUGACAAAAUGGCAAAUCUGUCACUGUGCCCUUGAGCAAGGCACUUAACCCCAGUGCUCCAUGGGUGCUGGACAACGGUGUCCCUGACCGUGCCCCCUCACCCUGUGGGUGUCCGUGACCCCUCACCCUGUGGGUGUCUUGUUCGAGCUGUGACUUUCUCUGGGAUGCUUUUCUCUGGGUGUGGUAGAGAGGGAUCACCUUAUCCCUGUGUUUCUGUGGGUGUGGUAGAGAAGGAUUGCCUUAUCCCUGUGUUUCUGUGGGUGUGGGAGAGAAGGAUUGCCUUAUCCCUGUGUUUCUGUGGGUGUGGGAGAGAAGGGUCACAUUAUCUCUGUGUUUCUGUGGGUGUGGUAGAGAAGGGUCACAUUAUCUCUGUGUUUCUGCAGUGGUGGAAAAGGUCAUCAUCAUACUGUAGUAAAAGUAGACGGCACUAUUUUCUAGUUUUUUUAAAUAUUUUUUUUUACAGAUAGCCAGGGGCACACUCCAACACUGAGACAUAAUUUACAGUUAGCCAGGGGCACACUCCAACACUGAGACAUCAUUUACAGAUAGCCAGGGGCGCACUCCAACACUGAGACAUCAUUUACAGAUAGCCAGGGGCACACUCCAACACUGAAACAUCAUUUACAGUUAGCCAGGGGCACACUCCAACACUGAGACAUCAUUUACAGAUAGCCAGGGGAACACUCCAACACUGAGACAUCAUUUACAGAUAGCCAGGGGCACACUCCAACACUGAGACAUCAUUUACAGAUAGCCAGGGGCACACUCCAACACUGAGACAUCAUUUACAGUUAGCCAGGGGCACACUCCAACACUGAGACAUCAUUUACAGAUAGCCAGGGGCACACUCCAACACUGAGACAUCAUUUACAGUUAGCCAGGGGCACACUCCAACACUGAGACAUCAUUUACAGAUAGCCAGGGGCACACUCCAACACUGAGACAUCAUUUACAGAUAGCCAGGGGCACACUCCAACACUGAGACAUCAUUUACAGAUAGCCAGGGGCACACUCCAACACUGAGACAUCAUUUUCAGAUAGCCAGGGGCACACUCCAUCACUGAGACAUCAUUUACAGUUAGCCAGGGGCACACUCCAACACUGAGACAUCAUUUACAGUUAGCCAGGGGCUAUACCAACACUGAGACAUCAUUUACAGAUAGCCAGGGGAACACUCCAACACUCAGACAUCAUUUACAGAUAGCCAGGGGCACACUCCAACACCGAGACAUCAUUUACAGAUAGCCAGGGGCACACUCCAACACUGAGACAUCAUUUACAGUUAGCCAGGGGCACACUCCAACACUGAGACAUCAUUUACAGUUAGCCAGGGGCACACUCCAACACUGAGACAUCAUUUACAGAUAGCCAGGGGCACACUCCAACACUGAGACAUCAUUUACAGAUAGCCAGGGGCACACUCCAACACUGAGACAUCAUUUACAGAUAGCCAGGGGCACACUCCAACACUGAGACAUCAUUUACAGAUAGCCAGGGGCACACUCCAACACUGAGACAUCAUUUACAGUUAGCCAGGGGCUACACUCCAACACUGAGACAUCAUUUACAGAUAGCCAGGGGAACACUCCAACACUCAGACAUCAUUUACAGUUAGCCAGGGGCACACUCCAACACUGAGACAUCAUUUACA